AUGGAUGACUUGCAAAAAUAUUACGACAUGUUAAAUUCAAUAAAAAAUGGAGAUACGCAGAAAGUAAAAGACAUAAUAGACGAAUUUGGUUUAUCAUUCUCUCCAUUGUGGGAUGAUGGGUAUCGACUACUUACUACUGCCAUUGAAAAAGAUAAAGUAGAAAUAGUGUCAUAUUUAUUGGGGAAAAAUGCAAAAGUUCACAGCGAUCGUGAUUUCCUGUCACCUCUUCAGAUAGCCGCCAUGAAAAACAACACGAAAAUUUUUAAAAUGCUUCUAGAACACGGCGCUAAGAUAAGUAAUGACAAUAUUCAUAAUAAUAAAUCACCAAUUGAGUUGGCAGUUGAGCACAACAAUAUUAAGAUCGCAAGACUUAUCGUUAAGCAUAAAAAUUUUGGAAAAAAAUAUGAUCAGUCAUUAUUGCAUAUGGCUGUCAAGAAAAACUACUUCGCAAUGGUCUUAUUAUUAUUAGACAAUGGUGCGGAUGUCAAUGAAUAUGAUGACGACAGAUUAGCUCCAAUCCAUCACGCAAUAAUAGAAAACAACAAUGAUAUUUUGGAAUCACUGAUAGAUUAUGGAGCAGAUAUUAAUGCUAGAAAUAAAUAUGGAGAGACUCCAGUUUCGUUGUAUCUAUCGCAUUCGUAUAGAGGAAUGUAUAUGAGUUCGGAUAGUUUUGGAAUGGAUGUACCUGACAAACCAAAGAAGAAAAGUACAUUGGAUAUUCUCCUAGAUAAUGAUGCAGACAUAAAUGAUCUUGAUAUCCGUGAAUAUCUUUCACGCAAUACUGACAAUAAUUUUGUGGUUAUUUCUCCUGAUGGUCGUGUUGACCGUGGUAAUUUGAAAGACAAAAAACGCAUUAUUAAACAGAUUUCGGAAGGUGGGCAAGCGCCACCGAGGAAACUCAAUACAUCCGAAGGUAACUUUAUUUUUUAUGGGCCAAAAACAUAA